AUGGCGCUUCUUGCAACGGCUUACUUUGGAAAGCUGGAUUUUGUCAGCCGUUACGCUGUUGGAUUGUACGGUUUUCUGCUUGCGACGGGUUUGCUCAGUAACAGACUGUUUCUGCGUUGGUGGUAUUUCACAGGUCGCAGGGAGCAUCCUGAGAACUUUCUUCAGGUGCUGGUGAUUGGCACGGGCAACCGGGCUAACAACCUGAUGCAGUCUUACAAGGACAAUUCAGAGUGGGGUAUCAGCGUUAUUGGUGCACUAGACCCUGCCGGUGAGAAUCAGGCGGCGUCAAAACUUGCUGACGAUGUGCCGCUGCUGGGUGAUGUGUCAGAGAUCCGCAAGGUCAUUACUGACCAGGUAGUCGACGAGGUCAUAAUCUGCCUGCCGAGAUCAUUGCUCAACAAUGUUUCUGUUGUCAUCGACGCCUGUGCGGAGGAGGGUGUGUGUAUCAAAUUCCUUGCUGACCUUUACGAAAUUGAAGGGGGUUCGUACCAGUUGGAACAGAUAGGUAGCUGGCCGGUUUUGAGUCUUAAUCCAAUUUCUAGAAGUGAAAACUCAUUAAUUAUCAAACGGAUAGUCGACUUAGUUGUAGCAAUUCCUGUUUUACUGCUGCUGGCACCAUUGUUCCUGAUAACCGCCCUUGCCAUCAAACUUGAAUCCCGCGGGCCUGUUUUCUUCAAACAAUCCAGAGUCGGUUUAAACAAGCGCAAAUUCAACAUGAUCAAGUUCCGCAGCAUGUAUGAAGAUGCGGAACAGCGCCUGGCGGAAAUCGAGCAUCUGAACGAAGCUGACGGCCCCAUCUUCAAGAUGAAAAACGAUCCUCGUGUGACUCGUGUUGGACGGAUGAUCCGUCGUACCAGCAUUGAUGAACUGCCACAGCUGUUUAACGUGCUCCUGGGUCAAAUGAGCCUGGUUGGUCCAAGACCCAUGUCAUUGCGUGAUGUCAGCCUGUUCAGCAAAGGUGUUCAGCGCAAACGCUUCAGCGUCAGACCUGGACUUGCAUGUUUGCGCGAGGUAUCAGGUCGUAGUGCGUUGAGUUUCGAACAGUGGCUUGCGCUGGACUUGAAGUACAUCAGUACCUGGUCAUUGUGGCUCGACUUCAAGAUCAUGCUUUUACUGAUUCCUGCAGUGAUCAAAGGUGACGGUUGGUCAUUUCUUAUCUAUGUCUCGUUCUCCGGUAUCGGCUUUGGCCAGGCCGUUGCCUAUUUCAUUGCUCGUCACGAUGCUGAGCGACAACAUUCGGAAGUUACCUCUAUCUGCGCAACUGGCUGGUGGGCGCAGUGUAUUGUCGGUCUGGUUGGGGCAGCUUCGUUUGCGUUGUUAAUGUAUCUGGCUGGAACCUCACACAGUGACAAUCCGGCGUUAAUGGACGAAAUUGCCAAGAUCACAACGUUUAUGUCUCUGGCUGUUGGUGCCGUCAUGUUUGGCGACAUAGCUCAUGGUGUGUUGAUUGGCAAACAUGAAUCCCGAAUCUCGGAAUACAUCAAUCUGGUACAUGACCUGCUCCUUGCUUGUGCGAUGGUCGUAGCGCUGUUACUUGGCUAUGGCAUUCAAGGGCUUGCUGCAGUGACCUUAAUAUUGCGAGUUUGUUCAGAGUCCAUCCGGUACCUGUUUGCCUAUCGGGUUUGCAAAGAAAUGAGCAUCAAUCCUUUCCGUGUAUCCAUCAAUAAUGGUGCAGUUUUGUUGCGUUACUCGAUGAAAACUUCAAUCAACGUUUUGCAGGAUCUGCUGGUACACCAGUCUAUGAGGUUAUUGCUUUUCCUGAGCAUGGGCCCGUUAGUACUGGCCGCCUUUUCUCGUUACGCGACAAUCAUGCGACAAAUAAAUCGCCUGACAGAUCGGCUUUCAAUGUCAUUGUCGACAGUAACAAGUGCUCUGGUUGCGUCAGGUGCUGAAGAAGAAGUUGUCAGUCUUUAUGUGCAGGGCACUCGCAUGGCGGUACUGAUCAGUCUGCCACUAUUGACGGUUUUUGCGGUCGCUGGCGACUUGAUUGUAGCUCUCUGGAUGGGGCCUGAAUUUGUUAUAGACCACGUUGCUGUUCUGUUGGCUGCCGGAGCCGUUUUAUUUUGUGCGGCUUUUUUGGGGCACUUCACCCGUUUUGGCGUGUUCCCCAGCUUGUCGGAACACUUCGGGUUUGCUCUGACGUUUGCCGGCGUGUUGUUAUUUUUCAUGGUGGCUAUGGGGGUUUACGAAGCGCGUCUGCGCGAGGGGUACGUUGGUGUCAUGUUACGUACCGCUGUUGCUGUGUUCCUGCUCGGGACCAUCGGCAUGGCGCUGGUUCUGUUUUUGUUUCCUGAUCUUGUUCUCGGUCGCGGAGUUCUGUUGUUUGCCAGCAUCGAAGGUUUUCUGUUAGUCGCUGCGUUGCGAUGGAUUACGUCAAAUUUUAUCGACGAAGACUUCAUGAAAUCCAGGGUACUUAUUCUGGGCACCGGACAGCGGGCAGUCAAAGUGGCGAGCAGAAUGCGUCGUCGUUCUGAUCGGCGCGCCUUUGUGCUCGAAGGUUUUAUGCAGCAGGAAGGUACGCCGAAUCUGAUCGCGGAGUUUGGCGCCAAUGUCAUUGCCUAUCCUGAGGCAGGUCUCUCCGAGUACUGUCAGGUCAACGAUGUGGAUCAAAUUGUGGUGGCCGCAGAUGACCGGCGCGCCGAUGGAGACAACGCUCCUGGUAUACCUUUUGAAGAACUGAUGGACUGCAGGCUCUCUGGUGUAGACAUCUGUGAAGUGCAGAAUUUCAUAGAGCGGGAAGCCUGUAAAAUUGAUGUCGAUCUGCUGCAGAGGUCCUGGUUGGUUUACUCAGACGGCUUUGUCACCAACUGGUACCGGGCUUUAGUCAAACGGACUUUUGAUAUUGCUGUUGCCUCUGUUCUGUUUAUCGUGUUUUUGCCCAUUAUGCUGCUUUCAGGCAUUGCCAUUUUGAUAUGCGACAAAUUCCAAGGCCCGCUUUUUUAUCGGCAACAACGGGUAGGCAAAAAUGGCACGCCGUUUACUGUCAUUAAGUUCAGAACCAUGCAGGUGGAUGCCGAAGAAAGUGGCGCCAUGUGGGCUGAAUACAAUGAUCCGAGGACCACCCGGGUAGGUGCUUUCUUACGUCGCUCUCAUCUUGAUGAGCUCCCCCAGCUGAUUAACGUCAUAAAAGGUGACAUGAGCAUGGUGGGGCCACGUCCGGAACGACCGGUUUUUGUUGAGGAAUUGAAUGCCACAAUUCCUUAUUACGAAGAGCGGCAUCGUAUGCAACCCGGCAUCACCGGUUGGGCGCAACUCUGUUACCCUUACGGCGCGUCCAUCCAGGAUGCAAAGGAAAAGCUCCAGUACGAUCUGUAUUAUGUUAAAAACCACAGUAUCCUGCUGGACAUGAUUAUUCUGCUGCAGACUGUUGAGGUUGUUCUGGUUGGCGAAGGUUCUCGAUAG